AUCUCUUGGACCAUCACCACAAAAUGUUCAGUAACAGAGCUGUAGCUGGCCUUAGAACUUACGCAACCCAAGCUAAGGUUACCCCACCAAUUACACUCUACUCACUCCCUGGAAAGUACGCAACUGCAGCAUACACAGCAGCAUUGAAGGAAUCUCAAAAGACUCUCACCCAAGUCUCAUCAGAUCUCGCUGGAUUAAAGGCUGCUAUCCCAAAGAACGAGGCUUUAGUCGAUUUGAUCACCAACCCAACCCUCUCUUCUGACGCACGUAAGAAGGGUAUUGAAGAGGCUGUUAAGGCUGCCAGCGCUAAGUCUGACAUCACCAAGAACCUCCUCGUCGCGCUCUCCGAAAAUGGCAGAUUAGGUGAUACCAGCAAGGUUUUAGAGGAAUUUGAGCGUUUAAUUAACGCCCACAAUGGUGACGUUGAAGUCGUCGUACAAUCAGCUCAACCAUUGGAUGCUAAGCUCCAACAACGCCUCGAAACCAGCUUGAAGAGCUCAAGCAUCCCAGCUGACGGCAAGAAGAUCAAGUUUGUCAACAAAGUAAACCCAUCACUCUUGGGUGGUUUAGUUGUCGAAUUCGGAGAGAAGACCGUUGACCUUUCUGUUGCCAGCAAAGUCAACAAGCUCAACCAGCUUAUCAGACAAUCCGUCUAAGUAGAAAAUUAUUGUCAAUAAAAAUGAAUUCUUUUUUAAAAUC